AUGAAGACAUCCCUUCUCUUCGGCUUCAUACUGCUCUAUAUUCUCUCCGUCACUCUCGAUGCAGCAAAAGGAGGUCUUAGUAAAGACGAGCAGAAGAAACUUAUGGAUGAAAUCAAUAAGGAUCGUAGAAAAGUUUCAAAAGCAUUCAAAGAUCUGGCUGCCGAGUUCAAGUGUGACAAAAAGCCUCCAAUUUGGUUACAAUGGAACAGUGUGACACAGGAUUUCCGGAAAGAAGCUGAUCAUGAUCAUGACCCAAAUUUUGAAUUAUACGACUCGAGAGUUGUAAAAAUUGGUUGCUCAAAAGAAGUCAAGUGCACAGAGAAACUUGUGAAAGACCCAGAAAUACCUGAGAAGUUAGUUGGGAAAGAGAUGGUUAUGCUUGGAGGGUGUUUUAUUAAUCCACACGAUAGUUCGACGGAUCCAAUACAAAAAAACUUUACGUUAGUCCCAAAAGGUAAAAAAUAUGGAGACGUGCUCGGAAUCAAGUUAUCUUCAUCUGGCCGAGUCUUCAAUCUGUUCGUCUUCAUUGCUAUUAUGGUCUUCAACUUUUGA